AUGUCAGCCUCCGCUUUUGCUUCCGUUCACCGCGCUUCAGAGUCUGACCCAGCAGCGUCAACUUCUGGAGAGCCACCCAUAGACUCGAGACUGUCGCCCUUCUCCGCGCCCUCAAAGUCCGUCCCCCCUUCUCCGCCGCAGACUCCUCUGAUAAAGCCGUCAGUCGUGCCUCCGCUGCCGGAGAAUCACCAGCACCCGACCCUCAAGCGGACAAACACCUGUCCUGCUCCAGCGGCAUCCUCCAGGCAGUACAGAUCACAGUCUCCUCAGCUGACCGAGCGGGACUCCAUCUUUGCUACUCACUAUCUCCCAUCAGACGAACCAGAUCACGACCAGGCUGACCAAGCUGACCCCGAGAAGCAGCAGCAGCAGCAGCAGCAGGGCAAAGAUCAGGAGAGAGACGACUUCCGUGCCCGUCAGCUUGCUAGAUAUGUUAGCUCGCUCUCGUCGUCUAUCGAUUCGGCACGAUGGCAGCCAGCUCCAACACCAGAACCAACAGCAGAUGACCGCAUGACCUACCAGUUCCCAUUGCCUACUCGCUCCCGAACAGUUACCGACUUUUCCACCUACUCUCACCACCCUCACCAUAACAACACUAGCGAUAUCAACAACAAGUCCGGCAUCCCGCUCACAUUCGACCGUCUCUCCCCACGGCCGUCACCGAUAUUCCGACCCCAACCCGGUCCAAACACCAAGGGCCGAGACCGAGACCACACGAAGGACCAGGACCAGGGCCAGGAUCAGGACUCCUCCUCUGGUACCGACGCCACAAUGGCUCUUCUCGCACCCCGCGAUCUCACCUCUCACCACGACAUGAUGCGUGGGCGUGCCUCUAGAGUCGAAAAGUCCAUCGAGGCAAGCCUAGCAAACGUCGAUCCUAGUGCUAAUGUCCGAUCCCGCAAGUCCAGCCACUACCUUGGCCUGUUCAAGGAGAACACUGGAUCGCCGGAACGGAGGAAGAGUAUUGCACCGGACCUCGCGUCGCUGGACGAGCUAUCCGGCUUACGACAGGACGAAUCAGUUGAAGUACCGGCUGCUGUCCCACAGGAGCUGCUCGAUGAGAUACGCAGUCGCAAAGGAACCGCCAAUGGGACUCUCCCGGGACUGCCCAGGACUAUUCCAUCUCGUGACACACGCAUGCUCUACCCCGGUCACGCGCUCGAAGGGUUCUCGCCAGACUCGGACUUUGCUCCUCGGCCAGGUCUUGCCGAAUCGGUGUUUGAAGACGACGACGAGGAAAAGGAAAGGAUCUCGUCGGCUUUAUAUUUCCCACAUCAGCGAGCUGUCGAUGCAGAUAAGGACAAGCUUCAGCCGGAGCAGCCGCUACCUUCGCCCGCCAACCUAAAAUCGUCCAGCGAGACCAACCUGGUUGAUAUCUCUCUCUUCUCCAAGAGUGAGAAAAGCAUCUUCACUGGAGACCUGCGAAAGACCAUCCCCGAACCCAUUGAACCCUCUGUCCCGCCGAGUGCCACCGUCGUCGUUGAACCAGCGACCGACAUCUCUGAGUCCGACUAUAUCUCUGCCUCUGAAAGUUAUGCAUCAGCCACUCACGACGAGCCGGACGACGACGACGAUGAUCUAUCCUCCGGCGAUGAGGCCACAACCCCGCGUGGUACUCCACGACCCUUCAAGCACACUCACUCCCACCACAUACGCCCGCCCACCGCGCCCCUGGGAGCCGUAGAGUUGAAGCCAUAUCGCCAUCAAGUCGGAGGGCACACUACCGUCUUCCGUUUCUCUCGACGUGCAGUAUGCAAGCAGUUGAACAACCGUGAGAACCAGUUCUAUGAGCGUAUCGAGAAGAGACACCCACAGAUGCUGGCAUUCUUAGCAAGAUAUAUCGGCGUGCUUAACGUGACGUUUUCAAAGGGUCCGAAGAAGUCGAGCAAGAAAGAUGUCAAAGACACUACAGUCACGGAACCGCCAGCGAAGACCACGGCGGUUGAUGCCCAAACUACCACACCUGCCCCGCCGAAACGCACUGAUUCUGGGAAAUCGAAUGGCCAACGCAUCUUCAGCCAAUCCCAGGUUACCGGAGUAAUACCGAAGGUCAUCCUAGAGAAUAACCGCCACAUAAUUCCAUUUGACCUCUUCAUGACACCGCACUCGACGAAGAGUGCCAGUGCGAGUAGACAGGUCUCUCCCUCGCACUCACAGUGCGGCUCACUCGAUGAAGUCUCAGCAAACCUCACCUGUUCCUCCAAGUCGACACCUGAACUAGGCGGCGAGGCCGAUAAGUCGACGGCUAUGACGUGGGGUGCGACCACUGUCAACACAAAGCUCCAAGAACAAGUCCUACGUGAAGUAUUUACACCUCCAACUAUACACUCACACCACCGUCGUCAUCGGGCUACGGGAAAUAUACCCAAACUUCGUUCUGGCACUUCGCUCCGCAAGGACUACAAGCCCCAUCUCCAACAUAGGCUAUGCCGUGAGCUCUCUGCUCCCAUUGUAGACAAACCCUCGCUUUCUUCGUCAGCUACCGCCGUCAUACCACAGGAGGCGUCACGCACUCCUGGCUACCGUCGACGACGGAGACACUCUGGCUCUGGACUGGAAAGGAAGCGCAGCAUGAGCACAGGGCCGGGCGAUCUCAUGUUCUACGAGGACGAAGGAUAUGGAGGCGACAAGGAGGAUGAGAUAUUCAAGAUGGAGGACGACGUGCGACCACCACUCAGGUCUAAUGGUAGCGGAAGCGAGAAGAUGACCCUUCCCGUCUCCCUGGGCACGUCUACCGGCGAGCCCGUACGCCUGCCCACCAACCCCAAGGAAGCCCAAACAACCACCACCAACGAAGACCGCGUCCAGUUCUUCCUUCUCCUCGAGGACCUCACUGCUGGCAUGAACAAGCCGUGUGUCCUUGACCUCAAGAUGGGAACCCGUCAAUAUGGUAUCGACGCCGACGAGAAGAAGAAAAAAUCUCAACGUCGCAAGUGCCAAAGCACAACGUCGCAGCAACUUGGUGUCCGGCUAUGUGGCAUGCAGGUCUGGAAUGUCUCGAAGCGCGAAUACCUCUUUGAAGACAAAUAUUUCGGCCGUGAUUUGUCCUCUGGCCGCGAAUUCCAGGACGCCCUCACUCGCUUCCUCUACGAUGGGUCAAGCUACACCUCGGUCGUCGGUAAAAUCCCCAUCAUCCUCGAUAAACUCUCCCAGCUCGAAAGUAUGAUCGUUCGUCUCCCUGGGUACCGCUUCUAUGCCUCCUCUCUUCUCAUCCUCUACGACGGCGACGGUUCUUCCCAAUCCCCCAAGACCAUGCAACCGCGCACCAUUUUCGAAACACAUUCAGAUUCCUCCCUUCCCAACCCAUCAAACCUGACCCUUAAAAUUGUCGACUUUGCAAACUGUGUUACCGGUGAAGAUGGAAUCCCUGCUUCAUCCCGCUGUCCACCUCAUAACCCCUCGGAUAUUGAUAGAGGGUACCUCCGUGGCCUACGAACGUUACGUAUGUAUUUCCAACGCAUCCUACGCGAAGUCAGUGCUAGUGUUGGCGAAGGAUACGUCGAGCGUGGGGAAGGAGAGGCUCUCUCGGCCGCACCAUCUAGCAUUGUUGGCGCCGGCAGUAAAAGAGGAGAAGCGUGGGGAUGGGAUGAAGCCUUGGGCGAGCUAGAGGAGGGGGAAAUCAGUGUAUAA